CUCGGCCCUCCGACCCACCGUGGUUCUCAGUUUGCCUCUGGGGAAAACUUAAGGGGAGCUUGGGGGUGGGCCCCAGGCAAAGCACCCCGUUCCGCUCAGGCUGCCGGGGAGGUUCGCACCCAGCUGCAGUGAUGUUCUCCAUCCCCUGCGCAGUUUAGGCUUCCUCUGGCUCAUAGUGGCAUUCCGUAUCCUAGCCUGGCUUCGGUCCUCCGGUUGGCAGUGCCAUCCGCACCUCUUCUGCAUUCCGAAUGGGGUUUCCAGUCGAUGGCCUUGAUUCCAGGUGUCUGAAGAAAAGUCACCUGUCCUUGGUUGCAUUCGCGUGCUGGUGUGUGCAUCUGUGUCUUCUCUUCCACCCCGUGCAGGAAAAAGCUAUCAGUAUUUGGGAGUCAAAGAACUUUUUCAUGGAGCUGGAUCCACUUCCAGGGGCCGUGGAAGCCCUGAAGCAGAUGGCAGAAUUAGAAGCGACUGAUGUCUUCAUAUGCACAAGUCCCAUCAGGAAGUAUCGCUAUUGCCCGUAUGAAAAGUUGGCUUGGAUAGAGAAGCAUUUUGGGCAGGAAUUUCUGGAGCACGUGGUUCUCACCCGGGAUAAGACGAUUGUCUCUGGACACGUGCUGAUCGACGACAGACCUGACAUCGAGCUGAACGGACUCCCCCCUGGGAGCACGUGCUUUUCACCGCCUGCCAUAACAAGCAUCUGCAGCUCCCGGCUUCUUGCCGCCGGUUGCACUCGUGGGCCGAUGACUGGAAGGCCAUCUUGGACAGCAAGCGAGGCUGCUAAAGCCGGGAGCGUUUCUCAGCAGGGCCAGCAAAAGGCAGGUCUGGUUGCCUGAAGGCCAUCUUCUUGAGUUGGUGGGCAGGAAAAAGAAGACCCUGUCUUUGGUUUGGGCCGGCAGAUGAGAAAGAAGAGCCGUGGCCCCAAAGGGCAGCCAGAUUUUGCAGCUAAAGGAAAACUCAUCGAGUUUCCAUGGGAGGGUCAGUGGCGUUGGCCAAGUCCCCAACAAUGCUGAGGACCUCUCUGAUCAGCCUGACUCAUGAUGGUUUCCAACCCCUGGUUGACUUUCUAUGUGUCUUCCUUCAAGAUGGUGGCCAUCCUUGCCCCUGGCCCCAACGGAUGGACAGGCCUCUGCUUCUGGAACUCAAAUGACCCUUGUUGCAAUGAACUUGUGAGAAAUGUUCCAGGACACAAGGUGAUGGAGAAGUUGUCGCCUCCUGACCUCACAUGCCUAGCCAGGAUCUCACAUGCACGUGUGAGUUUGCUGCACUGAUUCACCCUGAAAGCUCUGUGGGGGGCAGAACCUGAUUUCAGAGCUUUCCAAAUUCCAGGGAGGGUUGGGGUCAAAAAAGUCCAGAUGGAUCUGCCACCAUGCAUGUCAGCUCCAUGCAUCACGAUGCACAAAAAACAGACAAGUCUUCAAUUCACUGUUGUAGCUGCCAUAACCUCAACUGUUCUGUGGGGCAAAAAGGCCAUUGGUAUGUCCAGUGGACCCUAAUGUCCACAAACAGCAAUGGAAGAAGUACACAGGUAAGCUCCAAGUAUCCUGUUUUGUAGGCCUUCAGAACUAUCCUUUUUUUCCCCCCUGGACACCAUGCUGAUCUGGUCAUUUCUGGGGGCAUCUGAAAGUUUUCUGAGAGUAAAUGGAGGAUUUAUUUGUGGACAGUUUUUGGAGCAACCCCAGAACUGGCAAAUGAGUAUGGGCUGGGAGAAACAGAAAGUUUUCUGAAGUUCUCCAGAACUUGCAUCUCUGAAAUGAGACACUUUGCACAUCCCUAAGAUCCACCUGUGUUGACUCUGCACUCCAUCCUUCAGGUAGAGAUUCACUUGUGGCAAUACACGUCUGUUCCUUGUUCAUAUCUCUCUUAAUGUGGAACCUUCACACGGUCACUAGAAGAUUCUAAUACUGGCCUGCUAGUGUUCCCUUCUCUGCACUAAGUUUUGUUGUUGUUCAGUCGUGUCCGACUCUUCGUGACCCCAUGAACCAUAUCGCGCCAGGCCUUCCUGUCCU